AUGUCAGAGGCAAACACUAAUUUGAAGAGGGAUAGGAGUAUUCAAGACAUUAGGCUGUCUUGUUUGAACUUUCAAGCUACCGAUUCUUUUUUUAAAGAAUCGAAGGGUUUUUCCCAGCCUCCCACAAAGAGAUCUAGAACUUUUGAAAAAGGAUCCAGGGUUAAUGGUGAUGAUGAUAAUGAUCCGGCGCAACAACGGCCAAUUUCAUCUUCUUCUGAGUCUUGCUUUAACAAUGUUGUAGCUGACAAUAAUCAUGAAAUUCCAAUUAGAUCUGUUAACACCCAGACUUUGUUAAAUAGACCAACUCUAUUGCCAUUGUUAAACGAUAAAAAUGCGAUGACUCGUAUCAAUGGCAAUAGCAAUCUUCUUGUUAAUUCUUCCGCUGCUCCUUCUAAUGAAAAUCAUCAAAAUAAUAACAUAAUUACUUUAAAAAGGAUCAGCCGCUUUGAUAUACGAAAUCCAAAUUCUAGGAACCAUAGUGAUCCAUGGAACAAGAAUCUCGAAGUAAUCGAUUUAACAAAAGACGACGAUACCGAUCGGGAUAGUUCUUCCUUGAUCCAUUUGAGAAAAGAACACGAUGAUACAGGAGAGAGCUCAGCGGAUUCCAUGACAUUUUCCAGCAAUUUUACUUUUCAAGUUCGACAAAGGAUUAACGAUAGUCCCACUUUCAGCGAUUAUCGUGACUAUUACUUAUAUCAAAAAACAUUGUCUCUCCGUAAAAACAGCCCAUGUUUCAAUUUGGAUUUCAUUUACAUCAAGAAUCCUUUCUUUGAUGCAUCAUUGCUUCCACAAAUCAAGGAUAAAGAUUGGCACGCUCGAGAUAAAAAGAAACAAGGGUAUGCCAUUCGUGGCAAAACGAUUUGGACGUUAGCAAUGACUGACAUAAUCUAUCACACCCUUCCGCUUGCAUUCCCGAAAAGGAUCCAUGCUAUAUUUUACGAUGUGAUGAAACCAGAAAUAUUCGAAGAAUUAUGGAGAGCAAACUCGCAUCCCGGAGAUUUCUGGGUGUUCAAUUUUGCUUACUAUCAAGAAGUUGGGGUGGACUGUCUGAUCUAUUAUCUAAAGUGCUUGCUGCAACCGAUUGCGGACAAAAUGCUCAUAUUAAAGGAAAUAGGCGUUGUUGAUCGCAACUUGGCUGUCACACGGUAUUGUUGGAAUUAA